AUGUCUCAUUCAAAGUCCCUCCACUCCUCAAAGUCUUCUUCCGCAGCCACCGUUCCACCCACCUCUCCUUCCACAAGCGACCUCAGCAUCACCCUAACAUCCGGUCCCAUACUCGCCGCAGUAACCCAGCAGCUCCAAGACGAAGUGAUCCGCCUACGUCGGCGGAACGUACACGCCGCAUACUCCCUGCUGACCAAAGACGAAGAAAUCGCCAAGCUUAAUGAGGAAGUCGCACGACUGCAGCUCCUGGACGAUAUUCAUCGGUUUGGGGGUACGGAGGAGAGGCUGCGCGAAGACUGCGAGAGGUUGCGUCGAGAGCGGCAGGAGUGGCAUGACGGUUAUCAGAAGGUAAGUAAGAUUGCUAAGAAUGAGAGGGCUAGGGUUCUCGAGUUGAGGAAGAGGGUCGCACUGCUUGAGAAGUCAGAUGGUCAGGCAAAGUAG